AUGUCAGAAGUCACCCCCAUCUCAGAGUAUCCCGUCCCUCCCAAACAGCGCAACGACGUCGCCAUAGAGCUCAUCUCGGGCAGCUUUGGAGGUGCUGCGCAGGUGCUCGUCGGCCAGCCGCUUGAUACGCUCAAGACUCGGGCACAAACAGCUCCUAAAGGACAGUUCAAAAACACCUGGGACAUCCUCAAAGUCACCGUCCGCAAAGAAGGCGUGCUCGCUCUGUACAAGGGAACACUCUCGCCACUGAUUGGUAUCGCCUCUGUCAACUCUCUGCUGUUUACAGCAUACGGCGCUGCUAGGAAACUCGUGUCGCCAUACCCAGACCUUUCCAUCCCUCAAGUGGCCACCGCCGGUGCGCUCGCUGGUGCUGCCAAUGCCAUCCUCGCCUCUCCCGUCGAACAAUUCAAGAUCAAGAUGCAAGGACAAUACGGCGGUGCGGACGAUAAACGCCUGGGCAAGGUUGUCGGGGAUACUUGGAGGCAGUAUGGUUUGCGUGAUGGUAUUAUGCGGGGAUACUGGGUGACGGUCGUAAGAGAGAUCCCCGCUUACGCCGGAUUCUAUGCCGGCUACGAAACGACCAAACGCCAAUUCGCAUCCCACUACCCCUCCCAACCCCUCCCAAUCUGGACCCUCCUCACCUCCGGCGCUAUCGGCGGUAUCUCCUACUGGCUCGCCUGCUACCCCUUUGACAUUGUCAAGUCCCGUAUCCAGCUCGCGCCUUCGCCUCCUACCCGUGGGGGCUGGUUGUCUGGGGGGUAUGUGAUGAGAGAGUUGGGGGCGAUCGUGAGGGAGGGUGGUGUGGGGGGGCUGUUUAGGGGAUUGGGGCCGAGUUUGGUUAGGGCGGUGCCGGCGGCGGGGUCGACUUUUGUGGCUUAUGAACUUGCGAGGGGCAAGUCUUCUGUCUUUUCUAUGUUUGUGUGGAUGCUGAUUAUUCAUCUGUGA